UGGUUUGAAUCUAGUGAUUUUUAUCUGGCUGCCAGAGAAACUGGAGUAAACCACCAGCAGUGUGAGUGAGUGAGUGUGUAUGUGUGUGUGUGCGCGCGUGUGUGAGUGCCGUAGGCUCAAUAAUUACUAAAAAAAAAACCCAAAACAUUACGUUACAUUAAGUCAAGAUGCAUCCGGUCAGAGUGUCGAUCCCCUCGUUUCGUUCAGAGAACAACUCGAUCGAGAGAGGAUACACGGUCUUUAAAAUUGACGUGCUGAUGAAUGGCAGACAACAUGCUGUUGAGAAACGCUACAGUGAAUUCCACGCUUUGCAUAAAAUGCUAAAGAAGAGCAUAAAGCCGCCUGAGAUCCCUUCGAAACAUGUAAGAAACUGGGUUCCUAAAGUCCUAGAGCAGAGGAGGCAAGGUCUGGAGCUCUACCUGCAGACUAUAAUUAUGGAAAAUGAGGUUCUUCCAAAAAUAUUCCUGGAUUUCCUGAAUAUCCGCCAUUUUCCGUCAGUGCCAAAAACAGAAAGCUGUGGGUCAUUUGACACAGAAUCAGAGGAAUCGAGUAAACUUUCACAUCAGCCAGUCUUGCUCUUUCUGAGAGACCCCUACCUGCUGCCAUCUGCACACGACGCAUUUUCAAAUGUUGUGAUUGAAGGCGUGGUACAUGGAGUUUUCUACCCAGAUCUUCAGCCAAGGUAGAGCUGCAAUCUGAGGGAACGUCACUACAAACGGAUGCUUCAUAUUUCACACAAUUUUAGGUGUGCUUCUGGAAGGACAUGUGAAGAUACACUGAACCUCAUUCCCCAAAGCAUACAACAAAAAUCCAUUACUUAAAAAUAUAGAAAGAAAGGAUGCCUGCUGGCUCAACAAUAUCACUGAUACCACAGUUUUCCGUUGUCCUUAUACCCAGUAGACCACACAUUACCAUCAAUUGUUAUUAAUGCACCAUAUUUACCCAUAUUUCAAUGAAUUUGCUUAAUUCUCCUGAGAAAAUAGCUUGAGUGAACAAUAUUUUGAAGCAUUAGAAAAUAAUCAAGUAAAGAUGGCAUAAUCAAUAUUAUUUUCAGAAAUUAUAGAGCUUAAUACAUUCUAAUAAAUUAUCUUAACUUGUACUUUCCUUGUUUCUUAGGAAAGUAAUCGGUGAAAUUAACAUUCAGGAUCAACUGGAACUAGAAAUAAGAGGCUGAUCAAAGUGGGGAGAAAUGUUUUUUUGAAAGAGUUUAAUUAAGGACACUCCAGCUCUGGGGUGCCAGGAGGGAAAUGCUGAUGUCAGCUGGAUUGGAGGUUAGUUUGCCAGAGACAGAGGAGCGUUUUUGGCUUGCUAGGACAAAGCGGAGAGCUGGAGCUGCAAACAGGGAGGUGCCACUCCCUUUGUAACACCAGCACUGUGGUUUUUGAAUUUGUUCUGAGCAGCCGCAGGGAGUCAGCUGAGGGUUGUGGCAGGACAACGUGGAUGAAUUUUUAGGGACUGAAGAUUUGCAUACUGGUGGAGGUGACAGAAUGUUUGGGUGGAAAUGAUACAUUGAGUUUUAUAAAUAGGUUGCGGCAGUGAUGUGGACCUCUUUUAUCAGCCGCAGCAGUGCUAGCGAGCUCUGUGUGGAGCUUUUGGAGGAGCAGCUCAGUUUGGUGAUUAACUGGAAGUUUAGUGCAGAAAGCCAAUUUGAAAUUAAACCAGGACAGACAGAAAUAUGUUACACAACCUGCGAGCGCGGAAAGACACGUUUAGUGUCAUCGCAUUGAUAGGAAAUUGAUGUUGAACGAGCAAUUAAAAGAGAGUUAGGGUGAGCUCCUUUUCUCAUUAAUGCCUCUUUGUUUCCUUCACUUGCAUUUUGUCCUCCUUCUAAACUUCCUCUUCAUGUAUGACAUGAGUGAGAGAUGCAAUGAUGAGCCGUAAAGAACAGCCUAUUUGAAUUGAUUGAAAGGUUUGAACUGCACACUACAGGAUAAAGAAAGUCAGUAAAGAAAGGGGGGAAAAGACUUUAGUAAUCAUGAAAUUAAAGCAGAAAUCCCUCUUAUUAUUGUUAACACCAGCCUGUUCCCUUCUACAGUUCAGUAUUGUCUUCAUCUCACACCACUGACUUCACACACAUGCUUGGUAGCUGAAGGUGUGAGUAGAUUUUCACAUUUAGGCUCCAAUUUGUGCAUGAAAAUAAUCUGGAUUGUGUUGGUUUUGUAUGGGAGCAGGAAAAAGGCUUCUGAUAACACUUGUUAGGGCCAGUACGUAACACUAAUACCAGUGAUGUUACAUUUAAUGUUGAAUUUACACUUAUGUUUAUAUAGAAGGCCAGUUUUUCAGUUAUGGUGAUUAGAGGAAUAGUCACUCAUCAUAUAAAGGGAUGCAAAGUGUGUUUAGUUUUACGGAGCACUUGUAAAACGGGAGGCGGUGAUGCAGAAGACUUACAACUAGUCAAAUACUGUGCAAUAUGGAAAAAAAAAUACAAAAUUGUCUUUAUGUUGUUCCUUGUAAAUGAAUGUCUGUGAAGCUACAAACCACCCAUUGUUGUGAACACUCUGUGAAACACGAUGUUGCACGUCACUUUUUUGGACAGUACUUGAUGACACAACAGUUGUCUGACCUACAUUUGGAUUCACCAUCUCUUAAUGUAACUGGACCUCCACUACAGCACAGUGUCAACUGCGUAAUUUGUACAGUGUAAAAUUAAUUCUGAGCAAUUAACUUCCACUAAACAGAUCACAAUUUAUGUUUUAACAAAGUAAAUUAUUUCCUAGAGAUUCAUCUUGUAGAUUUAUAUGUAUUUAUACAGUGUAACAUUGUAAUGUUUGUGCUCUGAUUAUGUGAAAAGUGUCAUUUAUGUGCCAUAAUGUCAACACUGGAAGGCUACUGUAGCACUUCAGGAUGGGCGAUGUGUAAAAAUACUGACACUAAUAAAAUUCAUUAUUUCCACAAA